AACGGUGCGGGGAAACUCGCUCGCCGCUCCUCCGCCCGUGCCGGGCGCUUGGCAACCGGGGCGCCGCGCAUGUGGGACCGCCGGGGGCCGCCGCCCCCCCGCCGGGCCCCGCGUCCCCCUCCCCGCCCCGGACAAGGCGUUUAACGUGCCCAGGCGUGAAGUAUGGCAUGCAAAGAUGGUUUCUGCCAAGGAGCCAGCCAUCGCCAUGUCCUCGGGUCUCUCCAUCGCCCUCCUGCACUGCCUGUGCCUGGCGACCUGUCUCACCGGGCCGCCAGGGCAGAUCAAAAAAGAGGAGAAAUUGUGGCCGGAGAAUUUUACCAACAUCCUGAACAGCCUCCUGGAUGGCUAUGACAACCGGCUGCGACCGGGAUUUGGGGGUCCUGUUACUGAAGUCAAAACAGAUAUAUAUGUCACCAGUUUUGGACCUGUUUCUGAUGUAGAAAUGGAAUAUACAAUGGAUGUCUUCUUUCGUCAGACAUGGGUAGAUAAAAGAUUAAAAUAUGAUGGCCCUAUUGAAAUUUUAAGACUUAACAACUUGAUGGUUUCGAAGGUAUGGACUCCUGAUACUUUCUUCAGGAAUGGAAAAAAGUCUGUUGCUCAUAAUAUGACAGCCCCUAAUAAACUCUUCAGAAUAAUGAGAAAUGGCACCAUCCUGUACACAAUGAGGCUUACAAUAAGUGCAGAGUGUCCCAUGAGAUUAGUGGAUUUUCCCAUGGAUGGUCAUGCUUGUCCUCUCAAAUUUGGGAGUUAUGCAUAUCCAAAGAGUGAAAUGAUUUAUACCUGGACAAAAGGACCCGAGAAGUCAGUGGAAGUUCCUGAGGAGUCUUCCAGUUUAGUUCAGUAUGACCUGCUUGGGCAUACGGUAUCCUCUGAAACUAUAAAAUCUAUUACAGGUGAAUAUAUUGUUAUGACAGUUUAUUUCCAUCUGAGACGGAAAAUGGGUUAUUUUAUGAUUCAGACCUACAUCCCAUGCAUUAUGACCGUGAUCCUCUCUCAAGUUUCAUUUUGGAUAAAUAAGGAAUCAGUUCCUGCUAGAACUGUAUUUGGGAUAACUACAGUGUUGACAAUGACGACACUGAGCAUCAGUGCAAGACAUUCACUUCCAAAAGUAUCCUAUGCUACUGCCAUGGACUGGUUCAUAGCGGUUUGCUUUGCCUUUGUGUUCUCUGCUCUGAUUGAGUUUGCUGCUGUCAACUAUUUUACUAACAUUCAAAUGGAAAAAGCCAAAAGGAAGACGGUCAAGUCCCUUCUUGAAUUUCCUGUUGCUCCAGUACAAAGGAAAAGAAGUACAGAAGAGACAUUCACGGCUUUCUCCUUAAUUCUGCCUAUGCUAAGAUUUGAGACUUUGCUCUUCCAAGACAGGUGUACAAGGUGAGCCCACAGCUACUGUUAAUAAAGACUUAACUAUUGUGCAAUCCUUUCUAUGACUGAAGGAUUACUUCUGGUCUCCAACUGUGCAGAACAGGUCACUGCUCUAAUUCUCUAGAACCUAACAUGGAUGCUACACCUUGCUUUCCAAACUGACAUGUAAAAUACUGCUUGCUAUAUUUUGCUUCUAAGGACUAAUCUAGAAUUUUUAAAUUCCUUAUUAUUUAUUAUUAUUAUUAUUAUAAAAUAUUUCUUUAUUACUUAUAAUGAAUCUGACUUUUUGUUCUGCACAAAUACUGCCUAGUCAGUGCUGAUACUGAAAUCUCAGUUUCCUUAGUACUGAGAUUGGUGGUGAGUUUGUGGUGCACAACGAAUGCAGGACAGUAGCCGGACUAUAGCAUGUAAUUUAUAAGCAAUGUUUCUUAAUGUAAAUCUACACAUUUUUUCUCAAUAGAUAGGCUUGAUUUUUUGACCCAAUAAGUAUUUAAAAAUCUGCACUGUGCUGACGCUAUUGUGGUAGAAACUCUGUUGAUAGCAGUACAAUUGCCAGAGCUCAAGGAAAAGUUGUAUUUUAAACCUGAAGUUUUUUUCAAACAGACUUUGCCUGUAAUACUGAAUUUUCCAGUCUCCCAAAAUCAAAAAUUUUCUCUCAGCCCAGGGACGAAGUGUAUGCUUAUUGGGAGAGAAGGUGCCUGAAUACUUGAACCUUACAGUUCUUUCUGUUUAAUAUCUCACCAUUUGCAAUGUGCUCUGGGUCUUCUGCUAACUGGGGGAGAUCCCUGUCUUAGGCCUAUUAGCCCUGUACUUUAGUCUACCUUGAAAUGGCAUACAGGUGUCUCUGCCCACUAUUUUUGCAAUUGAGAUGUCAUCUGUAUAGGUCCCCUGAAAAAUUACAGACCAGUUGAGGUUGUCAAGAAAAACAAACAUGGUGACAUUAUAUUUUAAAAUAAGGGUUUGUCUUAUGAGCUGUUGAUUCUGUAUUAUUAACUGGAUGGUUUCACAGUUUUGAUGUUUUUUUUUUUUCCCUCAAGUAACAUGGUGAGAUUGUCCUUGAAGGAUUCUAUGAGGGAGCAAGUUGGGCUAUGAACCUGGAUUAGCUAUAGAAUAUGAAGAUUUUUCUAUCUGGUGAUAUUAGAAAUUAGGCAUAUUAAUAGUAAACUUUGAUAAAGUAAAGAUAAAUUUCACAUUAUUAGAAGUCCUUUUUUGACAGGUGUAUUUUUGACCAAAUUCUUACCAUAGAAUUAAACUGUAUUUUCUGUAUUGAAUCAGUUCAUAUAUUACUCAUGCUAAUUAGAAUUUUUAAUGAUGGUUAUUUUUCUCUUUUCAGUCAAAACAACUUUUAUAGCUGUCCUGGAUCAAAGGAAACUCCUAUGAUUUAUCAUUAUGAUCAAAUGAUUUGGAUAUAUUACUUUAUGUUAUAUAUUUCUUCACUAGAAACAAUGAAUUUUUGCUGGAGAAAAUGUGGGCUAUCUGUUUUUCUAAGUUAUUCUCUUAUGUAAGAGCCACAUGAUGGGUAUUUCUGAUUAAUAUAUCAAUUAAGUGAUAAAUGCAGUUCAGGGGCUAGCUAAGUAGUCUGAACUGUGUUAAUUACAAGAAAAAAAUCCUAGCAUCAAGCUAAUUUACUGGGCUGAGGGUAGCAGGAGCAAGCCUGCAAUAGCUGCAGAUGCAGUUUGUGUUCCUUUAUUACUUGAUUUUACUUUAGCCAUGGUAUUCUUCAAUAUUUUUUUUUAACUCCUUCCCCUGCCUACCCUAUUUUAACUCCUUCUUGUCUUUAACUUCUUGAUACAAACUUAAUGUAUUUCAAUAAGGAGGAGUGCAGAUCUGUAGAAGACAUCCCAGGAGUAGGAUUCUAGAUUUUUUGAGGUCUGCCUUGAGUUUCCAAGGGACUUGGACAAACUUUCUGUCAGGCACAGCAGGAUAUCUCUGAAAUAUGUCUAACGCAAGAAAGGUAACUUAAACCUUGGUUACCUAUGAUUUCUUUGUUUUGGGAACAAGUUAAAAUGCUUUCUGUUUAGAAGGAAAGAUCCUACCCCUAAAUGUUCUGAACUGCUUUUGUUGGUAUAAGCAGAAAUGUUGCUGCAAGUCAAUGUGUUAUGGAAAUGAAUGAUUUAUAGUUUGUUAUUGGACUCCUGAGUCUAUUUUUGUGCUUCUGUACUAUUUCCUUUUCACUGUAUUCCUAUGAAGUUUAUUUUUAAAGACCUACCCAGUUUUGGAGAUGAAGAAUGCUACUGAAAGGUAGUCUUCAAAAAAUAGACUCCUAAACACUGGUAACAUGAGCUUCAACCUCAGCUGUUUGUUAAAAGAGUGUGAAACUCAGGAAAAAUCAGGUCAGACUCAAAAAAACCUUUUUGAAUGGAAUUAUUUCUUCAAACUCAGUCACAAGUAGGUUGUAACUCUCAAUUUUUCUUCCUCUUUUCUGAAGACAAUUAAAUGUCAGCUUGUCCUUAGCAAGUCUUGUAGCGUCUAAUGGGGAAACUCCAGGGUCAAGCUCUUCACUGCCAUGUGGGCACACACUCCCCUCCUUGCUUGGGUGCUAUGUGACACCCCACAAGCUUACGAGAAACGUUGUCAUGUGGACAACCUGCAUACUGCUUUUGUGUGAUUCAGAUGUAUUUUCUCUGGUAUGAAAUACUUACCUUUUAGUCAUUUAAGGGCACAGCUCAAGUUAUAUGAGAAAGUGGGAGAAAAGUGGAAAUCCUUUGGCAGCCCUUGGUGAGCAGACAUCUAGAGCAAUUAAUCUGGCUGGUGGCCAGCUCUUUUCCCCAGACUCCUGACUUACAGAACAAAGAUUGGGUCUGAUAAAUUGUUCUGAUGGGCUGCAUACAAUCUUGAGGCUAUAGGUGGGAUACUUCUUUUUUUAGUGUGCCAUUUUUUUUAUUGCUGUUGUUGUUCUUAAUCCCUGAAGCCGAUUCAAUAGUGAGAUGCCAGCAGAUACACUCUUGUGUCUAAGGUCUAGACUUUCAGUGAAACCGAAAACUUUAGCCUCUGAACCAAAACUUCCAUUUGAAUACACAGACAUAAUGGAGAGGUACAAAACCCAUACAAGACCUAGAGUAGUACCACUUACUUACUUUGCUCCUUCUUUGGAGCAGUAGAAUGCUAGCUUCCUUUGUCCCAGCAAUAGUGAAGUAGAGCUAAACCCUCCUGCCUCAUAAAUGAAUGGAAGUAUCUGAAGAGCAAAUUGGUCUUGAUGGCAACACUUGGGCCACAAGUCUGGUUACUGGAUUCCUUAUGUGGAUGCACAGCCUAUCUCCUUUGUGAGACUUAAACAGUCCUGCAGUAGGACACCAUUUCAGGUUUUAAAUAUAAUGACCAUUUUUUUCUGCUUCACUACUUCUCCACUGCCUAGGGUGUUACAGUUUGGGCUUUUCAGGGCAGUGGCAUUUAAAACUCAGUUCCUAAUGAAGGAAGUCAGGCUCGAGAAAUGCAUAGAGUUCAUCUAAAUAUAAGGAUAGGACCAUACGAAAUAGAAGCUGCUGUGCCAUUGAACAAUUUCUUUACAUGUCAACAAUUUUCUGCUGCUCUAAUUUAAUUAGUCAACAUUUUUGGUAUUGAUGAUUUACAGUCAAGAUAUGCUAGCAUCAGGUUUAAAUAGGAUGAGAGUGGGUGCAGGUCAUAAACAACUGGCACAUUUUGUACUAAAUGCUACUUGAGAGACAGAAGAGACUAAUCACCUGGGAGAAGGUUGCAGUGACUUAGUGGGAACUUUCAAUUUUUGGAUACCUGAAGAUAGAUCCAAAAUGGUUCAUGAAAUAUUUUGUUAGCUGUGAUGCUCAGGUACAAUGUUUUGUGGGUCUUUUUAUGCUUACUUGAUUUUAUUUGCCUUUUGUUGUUUUGCUACUUUGUUUUUUGGUGCAGUUUUUUAUUUUUUUUUAUAUUCUUUUUUUUGAGGGGGGCCUUUUUUACUAUUGAUUUUGGUUGUAUGGUUUUUUAGGGUUAGGUUUGUUUGGUUUUUUGUUUGGUUCUUUUUUUGGUUUGUUUUGGGGUUGUUUUUUGUUUGUUUUGAUUUUUUACUUGGUUCACUAGACUUAGUUCCAUUGAUCCACUGGCCCUAUUCAUAAUGUAUAAAGCUAAAUAUGGGCUCAAGUGUGACUUGGGCAUAAAUAAGAGACAUAAAAAUUAAAAAUUUCAUAUAAUAUUUCAUAUAAUAUUUCUUUUUAAAAUAAUAAAUUAAAGUGCUAUAUUCAAAACUUUCGUAUUUGUUCAACAUCCUGAUAUUACUCUACCUUUUAUUUGGUUGGGUUGUGAACGAAUUUAAACUGUAAGUAGAAACAUUACUGCAAAGUGAGCAGAGUAAUUACUGGAAGCAGGUAAUGUAUGGGAUUUGUGCCUAGAUUCUGACCCAACUUAACUGUGAUGUAAACUCCACUGAAUUCCAAAAUUCAGUUAUAGUGAAGAUAGAAAAUGGUGGGAUGCUAGAUCAAAAACUGUUGGGAUUUAAAGGUGGACAAUGGAGUUUUUCUUAUUGUAUAGUGAAAGUGUUUUUUUGGGGGGGAGGUUGGGUUUGUUGUGAGUUUUUUUUUUGUUUUUUUUUUUUUUUUCCAAUAUGUACAAAAAGAAGCGGGAUUUUAGUUGCAGCACUUGGUGGAUGACAAAAAAAAUCCUUCUGGAGCUCUAUGUUCUCCAAGCCUUAUUAGGAAAUGUUAUAAUUGAUAAUUCUUAAAUUUCUUUUUAGUAUUAGAAUGAACUGUCACAAAGUAGACAAGGAAAUAUGGAGGAUACACUUGGCUGUUACUCAUCUGAUGCUAAAAUACCUGACAGUGUUUAUUCUAAGUAGUGGAAGACUUUAUUUAAAUAGUAUUAGGAUAAGGCUCCUUUUUGGAAACUAAAGCAUAAUGCUUUUCCCCUCCCAUCACGUGUUUCAGAUUGCAAAUAAGCAGAGUGGAUAGUUGACUGGCUAACUUACCUCCCCUUUGUUUUUUCUUUCCAAAUAAUUUUCACUGGUCUCUGCACUGGUAGAGCUAGGGACUAGAAUUCAUUAUAUUUUGUGGCAGGUGGAGCUUUUACUUGGCUGUAUUCUAGGGCUCUAUAAGGCAAGCCAAAUUCUCUAGUAUUAUUCCAGUAAAAUUCUGAUUGACUGGCUCUGCAACAUAGUAGUAAACCAGGGUAGAUUUCUCCUCCAAGUUUUGCUUUUGCUCGCAGCAGGUCAAUAUGGUGUCUCAGUGGGAUUUGAGACAAGCAGCAUUAUUUACACUGAUGGCAACAUGCUGCUUCCCUGAUAAAUGUCAAAUAGUGUGAAUUUGGCAGGCUAUACAAUGUCCUCCCAGAAGAACAGACUGUUUCCUUAGGAAGGAUUGGUAAGGAUAAAAAACACUGUGGUAGAUAUUACUAAAUUACCAUACAAACAAUUUUGUUUUUGCAGCUAAACAGUAAGUGAUGUCAGACUUUGGUUGUUCUAAGCCUUCCAAUUUUUGAAUGAAUUUUUGCUUGGAUUAAUUGAAUUCUCCCAGUUCAGGAAGUCCAUGCUCUCAUAUAAUACAUUACUGACUCUCCUAUAUAUUAAUUUAUCUGUGUAUCAUUGAAAUUGUAGUAGUGCCAUCAUGAAAGAUACUAAUUGAAUCCUUGGAAAAUUAAUGGAAAGGCAUAAAGGUGUUUAUUGGCCAUUCAGUUUUGAUUUCAUUCUACUAACAUCUCAUUGUUACAUGCCUGAUUAUUCUAAUAAACAAUUAAAAUUCUUUGCAAUUUUACAUCUGCUUUGAUUGUGGUGCCCUUUUCAGGAAAUUUUUUUUGACUGGUUGGUUUUGUGUUUGGGUUUUGUUUUUUACUUAAGGAGAUGAAGUAUGCAAAGUUGUGAUUAGACCCUUGGCUUAAUUACUAAAUUUCCCUGGGUAGAUAUGUACAGAACUGACUUGCUGCUUCUUAAGUGUUUGCCAUGCAUCUUAGGUGGAUACUUACCCUGUUUCAACUUGCUGGCCAGCAUGCCUCUUACAUACAGCCUCCCACAAAUCCCUCGUGGGAGUCUGAGAGACUUGAGUCCUGCCUUUUCAAUACUGGAGAAUUAGAUUAGUAGCCAGACUGCUAGGUAGUUCUUGGCAUGUGAAGUUCAUUAUGUAUCAUUCUACAUAAUGAAGCUGCUCUCAUUAUGUUAAAUAAUGUAUAUGGGGCCAUGGAGAAGGAAAGGAAUUGAUACUGGAGCUAGCUUGUCUGUGCAUGUACUGCAAUGGGAGGGCAAGACUGAAGUGUGGAGAAAGCAACAUCUCUAGCAAGGAAGAAUGAUCAUUUGUCCUAGAAUAUCCAGUGGCCUGCUUGAGAUGUGAAAAGCCUGUGUUUAUGUCCCUGUGACAGGGCAGAUUUGAGAAGCAGUCUCCUAUCACCAAACCCAUGCUCCCUUCCUGGUUGCUGGGUUACAGUAGAGGACAGAGUCUUCUCAUGAGUCUUCUCACAGUGUAACUUAGCUGUCUUUCUUCAGGAAAGAUCUCAGAGCUGGAAGUGCUGGAUGCAGUUGGUGGCUCCUUCUGCAAGGGCUUGUAAUUUAGGCUGUGAUCCUACCUAGGGCAUUUCUCUCCAGCUUUGACAGCUGCGUGCUGAAUGUCAAAGUGUUAGUUCUCUCUCCCACUAAAACUGGUACCAGAUGGUGGUAGUGUGACUUGUAAAGUCUACUGUGCAUUUAUCCCUGGGCAAAGAGAAUUUACUGCUUUAAGUAUUGUACUACCUCAGUCCCAGAAAAAGAUACCGUUUUAGUAAUAUCCUGUGGCAGAGACCUGUUGGGAACUAGAAAAUGUAUUGACCUGCAGCAGUGAGCUCUCCACUUGAGUAGACAGUGCAAAAGCAGCCCUGGGAUCUUGCACAGUGAUGCUGUGAAGCUCUCUCACAGGGUGAGCCUGACACAGGUCUUCAGAAGUGUCUGUGUAUCCAACCCCACAACUGCUGAGCUAUUUUCCAAGGAGUCCCGAGGAAGAUUAGAAGAAUGCAUCUGAAUUAUAUUGCCAAUACAUGGCUCUAGUUUUAAUGUGCACCUGUUUUUCAGGAGUAGAUGAUGGCUGUGCUUCCUAGUGAUCAGAGAGCCUUAGAAGGGGAUUUUCCAUGCUGAGUACUACUGAUACUCUGUUAGCUCAGGCACUAAGAGCUUCUUAUUUUGGAUUGACAUCUCAAAAGGAUGUGCCCAUCAUAAAAACUAUGAAGAAAUUUAAAAUUACAGAGACUGAUUUAAAGUUGCUAUGUAGAGCACUAACAGGCUACAGAAAGAUGCUCUUGAGUUGCAUGAAACAGCUGACUGCACAAUGUUGUACCAACACAAGAGUUUCUCACAGCUUGCAGUGUUCUCACUGCUUUUGUUUUUAAAUACACUCCUAAGGACUAACUUUCCUGGUGUCCUAGUAAUCACUUUUAUCAUUGCUGCAUUCUCCUCAGGACAUGACUUGCGACUUUUAAAUAAUGUUCUUGUUUGUUUUACGGAUUCUAGGUUGGCCUUAUCAUAGGAAAUAUGCAGUGUGGUUGUUACCAGCUCUCUUUGUUCUGUAACAAGAUGAAUAAGUUUGUCAGUUCAGGACUGCAUAUUGCUGUGCUGAUGAUCCCCUUCCCUUGAACCUCAGCUCAGCUGCUGCAUGCUACUUCACUUUGUGCUAAAUUUGCAAUCUUGACUUCAUUGAAGUGCAAAAUUGCCUUGCUUGUCAAAAACUGGUAAUACAUACAAAACAAUCCAGUACUUUAUUUUUUUUUUUGGCUCAAGUUGAGGCUUACAUAGACUUAGAAAGAGUUUCAGAAUUUCCACAUUAUGUGAGCAGCUGUUUAUGGUGUACAAACCAUGUUAAAUAUUGAAGAAUUUAGAUCUACUCAUAUUUGUGCGUCAUUUUAGUGCUGUAGUAAACAGCAGUAUCCAUCAAAGUUGAGCUUAAAUGGAAAAGCAAAUGAUGUGUGAGUUGAUUUUUGGCAAUAGAUUUGUUGUAGGGUUUUUUUGUUUGUUCUAUACACUCUAUCAUAGAAGCUGGCCAUCAAACUUACUCCACAAAUCUGCCACAGUAUUUAAUAAUAAAUUGUAUAGAUUUAUCCUGAACUAUACUGAAAGCAUCUUUCAUUGUAUUAUUUAUGGUUAAUUGCAGGUGAAUCCAGUGGUGGUAAAGGCAGGGAUACAGCAUUAAUUACCACAUUUUACACACACUUGUAAGGAGGUUGAUAUAGACGUCCUAUCUUCAUGCCAAAUGAAAUGGAUUUUCUGUUCUAGUACUAGGAAGAGGGCAUCUUGCAUCAGGACAUUACACAUAGGAAGAAUUUGUAUUCAAUGAUUCUUUCCCUAAUUUAGUUCUUUUAAAGAUAAAAGAAAUAGCAUGUGAUACUUACAAGUAAAGCAAAAUCUCUAUGCCUUUUAAAGCAGUAAAUACUUCCAAAAUCUUCUUGCAUAUUGCAUGCUAUGUGACAAAAUUUGUCUUACUGAAUUUGAACCUCCUGUCCUGUCCUACAACCUCCUUCCUCCUCAGUGAAGUAUGCUUAUGCAUUAAAUGUGAGUUUUCUAAACUGUUUUACUGAGCAUGUUUUUUGUUUUGCUUUCUUUUUGAAGUGGUAUUUACUAAGGAAAUAUUCAUUUAGAUAGAAAGGAGGAGGAUUAUCAAGCUCUUCUGAAAUAGACUGUAGUCCACAUUUUCCCAUAUUUGGUCAAUUCCUUGGCUUUACUACACUCAUCUAUCUACUUCUGGUGUGAUGAAAGUUUUGGUAAUAAAUGUUUGAAGCCCCAUUAAGGCUGGAAUUUAGUUUUCACUGCUGUUGAUCUUGACUCUUAAAAAUAAAAUAGGCAUUAGUGUAUCCCAGCCAACCACAGAGCUAUUGCCAAUGAAGAUGUCUUACAAUUAGGAUGUAUUCUCAAAGCUCUUGAGAACUUUGUUUAUGCACAGACAGGAACUGUGCGCUCUAAUUACCCAAAAUUUUGAAAUUCAUUCAUACUGUUUCUGCCAGUAAAGGUUCAGAGGCUGAAUUCUUCUGAUAGGAUCUAUAGCAAGAAGGUUUCCUCUUGAAGGGGGCUAUAUCAGAGCAAUGUACUAACAAAUUGUGAUUUGGCGGUGGUUACGAUCAGAGUUUCUGGUGUGUGUGGAUUUGGUUGGACUAAUUGGUUGGACCUAUCAGAUGGAUAGGUGAAGUGUCAUUUACCUAAGCAGAAUUUGUUUUAUAGACAGGCAAUCUUUAUCAGAUCUAUUAAGCCUGGCACUGCACAGUGUAAUAGACUGGAUGUUAUGGUAGUUUCCAGGCUCCCAUUUUGCAUUCCUGAGCUACACAAUUUUAAAUGUCUACCAAAAGUCUCACUGAAAUGCCUCCAGAAAAUCAGAACCUUUCUUAAUCUAGAGUGAGAAUGUGAAAAAUGUGCCCUCGGUGUUUCCUGUGGAGCCCCUUCUGGACUAGCACGGCAGUCCUGUUGGCUCAGGACAAUUUAGUGGUUUCCUGACUUGCCCUCAUAAAAGAUUCCUUACCUGGAUAAUCCCUUCCUAUCUUGGCUUGCAUUUUCAUUUGGCUCCUAUUUGACUUUCGUGCUAUAUUUCUUGUUUUUGUGCCUGUAAUGGGUUGACCCUGGCUGAACACCACGUGCCCACCAAAGAUGCUCUAUUCCUUCUCUACUAAACUGCACAGGGUAGAGAAAAUACAACAAGAGACUCGUGGGUCGAGAUAAGGACAGGGAGAGCUCUCUUACCAAUUACCAUCACAGGAAAAACAGAGUCAACUUGGGGAAAAUUAGUUUCAUUUAUUACUAGUCAAAGCAGAGAAGGGUAAUGAGAAAAAAACCCUAAGUCUUAAAACAUCUUCCCCGCAGCCUUCUUCCUGUGCUUAAGUAUACUCCUGAAUUAAUCUUCUGCCCUACAGUGGUUCAGGGGAAUGGGAAAUGGUAGUUACAGUCAGUUCAUUACAAGUUAUUUCUGCCACCCCUUCUUCCUCAGGGGGAAGAAUCUUCACACUCUUGUCUUGCUCCAGUGUGAGGUCCCUCCUGGGGCAGACAGUCCUCCAUGAACUUUUCCAAUGUGAGUCCUUCCCAGGCUCUGCAGUUUGUCAUGAACUGCUGCGGUGUGGGUCCCUUCCAUGGAGAGCAGUCCUUCAAAAACAGGCUGCUCCACACUGGCAUGGGGACCUCCAUGGGCUGCAGGUAUAUAUUUGUCAGACACACAGGGAGUUUCUGGCAGCUUUUCACAGAAGCCACCCCUCCCCUGUGUCAUGCAAACCUUGCCAUGCAAACGUAGUCAGUGCUUCCAAAGUAAAAGGCGGUAAUUUUGUGUUUCUUGCUGUUGUUUUAAAAAAGGUAAAGUGAAAUAUUUUUGAGAGGUCGCAAGUGCUUUGCAUACAUUUAUCAUUUUGUUGGUCAGAUUGUCAUUAUCACAUUAUUCUUCUAUUAGGGGUAUAUGCUGAAAUGGCUGUGGAAUGUUUUUCUAACACAAACUGAGCAUUUUAUUUUACUGUGUUUUACAACAGAAUUUGAGUCAUUAAGGCUUGCCACAGAAUCAGGCUUGUUUGAUAUUUUUAUUAGUGACCUUGUCACUAAUCUUCAUAUGAUGUAGAUUGUGAGAUAGCUUCUGUACAGAGGAGAAAUAAACUAAUGUCGGAAGAUCUGAGUUAACUUUGCAAUGUUGAAUAGAGAAAUAUACAAGAGCCCGGUGUAUAAAACCAGUAAUAAGAUUUUUUGCUAGAAAUUUUUUAACUGGACAACUCAACAAGGAGGGAUACUUGAGUGCUUUAAAUGAGGAGAAUGAAGUAUUGUCAUGAUACCGUCUUGAGUAAAACAAGUGCAAGGAAAGGAUAACUGAGGAGAUGUGGUAGUCAAUGUGCUGGUGAGGCCAUCCUGACAAGGAGACUGCAUUCUGCUCAGCUUUGACAAGGCAUGCAUCUGGGUGCUCCAUGAAGCAUGCUUGUUUCAGUACCUUUCAAGAGCAAGAUUCUACUCAAGAACACAAAUAGAAAUGAUUACAGUGACAUUAUGCAAGAACAACUGGGUGUCUGUGAUACAUUGUCUGUGGAGGAUGUAAAAAAUGACAUUUCUGAUUUUCAUGCUCUGAGUGAUUGUAUGGUGGUUUCCAGAGAAUUAACAAAAUAUGUACCCACAUUUUUGGUGCUUGUUAUGCUGUGUUAUUUUUCAAUCUUACAAUGUUAUGUAUUCAGGCUUUAUGCAUACAUUUAUGUGUACGUUAUGAGAAAAUUGUGUUUCUCUCUAAACUUAAGGUUUUGAAGUAUUAGAAGUUUUCUGUGUCAGUAACAAGAAAACAAAUGCCCAGUAAGCUUUUACACAGAUAAACAUUUUGACCAUUUGAAGUAGUAUAGAUAAUUUUAUUCUAGAAUAGAGAUUGUAAUGGAAAAUAAGUAGUGAAUCCAAUAACAGGUCUGAUUUAGUAAUUUAGAUGACAGUUGGGGGAGGAAGAUGAGGUAUUAUGCAAAUAUUUUGAUGGAAACAAAAAGGUUCCUACAAAAGAAAUGGGGAUGACUGGAAUGUGAGGAGCCUCACUGUUACCUGUAUAUUUUACCUGUGUCUGUAGAUGAUGGUGCACAAAAGGGAAAUAUACUGAGAUGGUCAUUGAAAACAGGUAACAGUAUAAGGGAGCAAGAACAUAAAAUGGUGCCUCUGUAAAUUAACUGCACCUAAUUUAUUGUUUUGCUCAUUGGACUAUUCUUUAUGGUUGCAUGUGGAAUGACUGAAGACAUGGUAAUUCUAUUCUCCAGCAGCAGCGCUUCUAAGAUACUUGUCUAAUGUAGGCAGAGAAUGGGAAGGAACCGAGACAUGUCUUGGUUCCAGUGAAGAUCUACUUUGCAACCCCUGUCCCAGCCCAUGGAUUUUUGCUUCCCAGGCACCUCUUGAGAGCUUUACAAUGUGUGACAUAUACUUGAACAAAGCCAGGUUGUCCAAGAAUCUGCAUGUAAAACUCACCUCCUCUCAUUGACUAGUGCCAGCUUCUCCAUGGCACAGAGAUGUUGUUUUGGGCAGUGAACAUUGAUGACUUCCAUCUGCUUAGCUUUGCAAGCCUUCAAGUAACAUGCAUCACUCCAUCAGGUAUUACCAAGUCUCUAGUAAAUGUACCCCUGUCCUGACUGUACUUUUUCAUUUCAAUUUAUCAGUCUUGAAAAUGGUUUUACUAUUCCUGGGCCAUUGACAACCCUAGUAUGAAAGUAUUAAAUUUUCACACCUGUGUGUACUUCCGCAGUUCCCAAAGAGUGACUCAGGCUUCUUUAUCAAACAGUAAAAUUAGUGUUUCUUUCAGGAAAUACCAGCUUCUUCUGGUAUUUCCUUCUUCUAGUCCUCUGCUUCUUUGGAUUGCAGAUGCAGAAUAAUAAAUAAAAGGGACUGACAAGCUUCUAUGCAGGAAGGAAACCUGGAAUUUAAGAGGGAUUCUUUGAUAUAUCAACUGUGAGCUGGCAAAUACAUGAGCCAUGAACAAGAAUAAAGCUGCGACAGUUUCAGAUAAAUUCAGGCCAACAGUAUUGCCAGUGACAGAUUUGUACUGCAAUUAACAGGAUUAGGGACCAGCAUUCUGGUCAUUACUGGAAUACUUCCAAGUGAUUUGAUUUUUUUUUUUUUUUAAGAUUUCUUUUCGACUUAAUUUUCUGUUUCCUUGACAAGAAUAGUGAAGCACAAAUGGUGUAGCAGACAGACACAGUGUCACUCUUGUCGCUACUUAAGGUACUGUUAGUACCUUGAAUACCACCUAACCUACUCUCUGUUACUGCUCUGUCACUUGGCUGGAGAGAACUGCUGUUGGAUGAUGGAGGAAAGACGUCACUGCCUGCUUUCUCUCCCUUUGAUUUCUGCUCUGAGUUUUGGCAGGGUUCUCUGGGAAGGCUGGAGGGAAGGGAAGCCAAAGGCACAGUUGGUGUGGUGCAGGGCAAUGCUUGGGAAUGGUAUCAUCGGAGAGGCAUAAAACAUAGGAUUUUUUUAUAUAUAGCAAGUGGUUGUUUCCUCCUGUCUGUAUUUAGACCCUAUGUGUACCCUAUCUAUCCUCAAGUCUUUGUCUUCUGGAAAGCAGUUUGUAUCUUAAUUAGAAGACAUUCCCAUAUCAUAUCUAAAGUAUUACAUGUUUUACAUCAUAUUUAGGUGCAGUGUCGAAGGUCAGAAUUCUUUAGAUACCUUUCCAGAAGGAAGUUCAAGAGAUGUUAGUCUUCCUCUAAAGUGCAGAGAAGAAAGGCAGAGGCCAAGUCCUACUCCCAAAAGUCAGUAGAAUGUUAAACUCUGAUGGAUUUCCUAUUCCUGUACUUCCUUAUCUGUAUUUUGGUUUCUCAUGCAGCCUAAUAAGCACUAUUUGGUUGAAGAAUAUCUUUCAGAAGGACAUCCAGACUUGCCUGAAGACAUCAAGUGAUGGAUAAUUCACCACUUCUCUUACUUAACGAAUGGACAGGAGUAGUUGAUGAAAGGCUAAUUCAUUCCCUGGUUCAGUUGUGCCUGGUGAAUUUAUUGCCUAUGGCUGAUGUGAAAAAGCACUGGCUUUAUUUCUGAAAGAGCAGCAAUGUGGUAACUUGGUUUGCUGAAUACUUGCAUUUUAACAGCUUCUUCUGUAGAAGACUAGAGUUCCUAGUAUAUGGUAGUUAUUUUUCUGGAGAUAGAAAGAAUAAAUAAACCCUUCAUGGCUGGUAAGUUGCAUCUAGAAUGUUUUUAUAUCAUCAGAGAAAUAGAUAGACAUUGGAGAAUCUUGUUUUGAGCUUGAGCCUGAAAAAAGCUGUGACUCUAACCUGAGAAUCCUUAGCUUCAUAGUAUUCAGUUUGUAUAGGUACUGCAUCACAUGGAGUGUGACGCAUUUAGAUGUCUUCACUCUGGUAUUCCAGCCACAGGUAAAAGGAGCUCUUGUUUCUCACUUUAUAUGCUAUUAAAUCUAUUUUCAUCAGUUUUGGUAUUUUUGUUCUUCAGGAUCAAGCUAUGGUUAUAUUUGUGAGUAUUACUCGGAUAGUGCUUGAUUAUAGUUUCCAUUGCUUUUGUUUGAAUGUUUAUUUUAAGAAUGACAAGUAUUUUUUUGUAACUUUGCAGAGUACAGAUGCCAAUUCAAA